AUGUCGGAACGUGCCGCGAUGGAUGUCGGACUUGGGCCCAAGCCUUGGCAGCGCCCGUUGCGGGACGUCCCGGGCGGCCCGUUGCGGCUCCUCGCGCCUUCGCUGCUCCUUUCGCUCGGGCUUUCCCUCCUCUCCGCAGUGGAGGGGAAAGUUUGGGGCUCCUCAAACGCGGGCUCGGGCUCGGAGCCGAGCGGAAGCGGCGAACUCUACGCCUUCCUGGACUGUGAGGGCCAUCCGGAGUGGAGCAGCUUCCGGCGUCAGCUCUCGGCCGAGGAGACAGGGACUGCUGAAGCAGUGGCAAAGACUGCAGACCGUCUACUCACAGAGCAUUUUCCAGGUCUGGAGGCCACAGCGCUGCGCUUCGUCCUCGCACUUUCCGAGCCCAGAGCCCCACGGAACGGGGAGGACUGCCUCUACGGAGUGGUGGCUGCUCUCCACGUUCGCGGCCGUGCGCUCCACGCCUCAGGUGCCCUGGAGGCCGCCCUGGCCGACUGGGACUUGGCCCUCCGCCUGCUGGGCAAGGAGCUAGGCCUGGACUUCCUGGAGUCCACACAUUGGCCCCUUCGCUCUGGAGAGCUCCUGGAGGAGAUCAGGCUUUCAAAGCAGGGAGCACGGGGGAGACUGCGACAGCGAUGGCAGGCGAGGCCGCUUCGGCGACGUGUGCCUGGACAAGGGCCCUGGGCUCUCGAUCCGCUCCAAAGCUUGGAUCGGUCGCUCUGGGCACGGCUCCCUGCCGAGGCCGAGGUGAUAUCCUUCGGCUCCGCGCCGGGGUCCUCCGCUCAGAGGCUGUCGAAGGCUGGGAAGCUGUCGGUGCUGGUCUACGGCUACCAUCCUGUUCUCAUCGAGCCCAUCUCGGCGCUCUUGCAGUUCGAGGACUACGCUGAACGAAUUCAGCUGAAUUGGUACGGCAUCAGCGAACGGGACUGCAGCUUCUUCGCGCCGCUCUGCGAUGCGGAAAGGACGCGCAUGGAAGCGAGGAGGCCGGUCCCUGCCGGGCUCCGCUGGAAAGUCUACGAAAGCGAUUGGGAUGAGGAGGAGGUCUUGGCGGCUUACGAGAAGUUUUGGGAAGCCGAGCGGCAAGCCGAGGCGUCUGCGAGAGCAGAUCUGGUUCUUGCCAUGGAACUCCGGGACGCCUACUUCCUGUGGCGAGUAUGUGAAGCUGCCACGAUCUACUACGCAGCCCUCAUCUUCUUACAGGACGAGGCGAUGAGCGAUUAUGCUGCGGAAGUCUACUUGCGGCACUUCGAUGCUUUCCGACAGAAUGAUGUGCUCAACCACCUCAAGCUUCAGGGCCGGCUGGGGCUGGGGCCCAACCCCAACUCUCUCCCAAAGCCUCCCACCGCAAUGGUGGCGCAGUCGCCCUACAUUGCCGCCAGCAUCCAGUAUCACACCAAUCAGACACUGCCUUGCGUCCGGCCUUUGGCCCUCUACGUCGGAGCAAACCGCUAUGCUCCAAACCGCUCGGAAGUUUCGCUGCUGGUGCUCUGUGCCAGGACGCGGCUGAUGAUGUCGCACGCCUGCCGCGGACUUUUCCGGGAAGGUCGUCGUGCGCUGUCCCGGACAGGACCUCGCUUGUUUUUGCCCUCCGGGGACCGCGACGUGGUACACGGCUUGAGCUUCGCAGAAGUGGCCACCUUUCAUGCUGCUGUGCUGAUUCCUUGGAACAUUGCCAUCACCACCUUCUCAGAAUUCUACGCCCUGCAUGUGCCCAUCUUCGUGCCGGAUCCACUCUGGCUGGCAAGGCUUUGGCCGAAGCAGAUGACGAGCUAUGCCAAGUCUCAUCCAAAUUUGCACCGACAACUGCGGCCCAACCACGAGCAUCCAACGCCAUAUCCGUCCCUUGAUUCGCUGGCGACGGAUUUCUGGAUCAUGCUGUACUGGGCUGAGAAUUAUGCAGGCAUCUACGAGAUGCCUGGGGUCCAAAAGUUCGCCUCCAUUCCCGAGCUCCUCUUCUCCUUGCAGCAGAAGAUUUUGGAGAAUCCGCUCUUUUUCGAGAUGAUGUCGCAGGAGAUGCAAGAAGAAACUCAACGUGCGCUGGGGGAGGUUCUCGUCUUCUGGCGUGAUCUCGCUGGUGUCCUCAUGCACCGCCUCAACUAUGCUGAAAUGAUGUGA